AUGAACACUCGGUGUAAAGAAGAGACCGAAGUCCCAGUUUUGCCUCUUCCCUUACUUCGCUUUGUGGUUCCACCUUUGAGGCUGCUUUGUGCAGCCAUGUGGCAGGUGGCAGAAAAAGGACAGGUGAAGCACUAUGGGAUGCUGGAGGAGUUUGUUACAUUGGCAACAGGGGCUGUCCCAGAACUGUUGAGUUAUCACCAGAGGGCUCAACUGAUCCUGGGUCUCCGUGCCAGGCUUAUUUUGGACUUGUGUCAGAGUGAACACCCAACUGACCUCAAAACUGUGCAGUCUCACCUCGACCGACUUCACACCUUGUCCUUAGGCACCACAGACAACGAAGUCAUUAAUGAGGACGUGGAGCUUUCUGAGGCCAAUUUCAUAGAGCUUGUUCAGACCCUCGUAAAGGACCCGGUCGAGAGAGACCACUUCUUCCAGAAUAUUUUCCCUGUGGAAUAUGGCAGCAAAUUUGACAAAGCUCUUCAGAGACUGAUGCUUGAUUUCCUGCUGAGGUUGGAGCAGCUGAUCCCGGUGCCAGACCUUACACAGAUAGUUUCAUUACUCAGUGCUGCCCCCACCCUCCUGGAGGAGUGCCUGCAGUCGGUUACAAUCCCAGAGCACGCGAGAAGUCUGCUUCAGCAUUAUAGAGACAUGGGACAUCUUGCUAUGCAUGAUACUCUUCCGUCCUGUUCGGAUGACUGUAUCCUCACCACCCUGUCACUCCCUCCCCUCGUCAGGGUUGUUAUCGCUUCUGAUCACAUGGAUUCCGGGGAGCAGUCUGAAUCCGGGACUGAAUUUGAUGGUGGAGACAAAGAGGAGAGUCUGGAAUUUCUGGAUGACCACCAAAGAGCUAACGAUAGUGUAAAAAAGGAAGAGGAGACACAAGAGAGGGAGAGAAAAGUGAGAGGUCGGACAUGGCCAUGUGAAGAAAUGAGACUCUGUCACGAAGAAGAAGAGGAAGAAGAAGAGGAGGAGAAAGAGAAAUUGUUUGUGGAGUCCUCUUGUUUAGAGCAGCCUUUGUCGUCCCCUAGCCCUCCUCUCUUGGACCUGUCUCUACCCAGGGCGAGAGUUCGGAAUGUGGAUCAGAGAAAUUCAGAGAGGAAGUGUAGCGAAAACCCCCCGAAUGGUGGAGACGCAUGGCCAGAUGGGACCGGUCAGGACUCAUCCCGUAAGAGAAAACGGACAGACUGUUAUGAAACGCCCCUCAAACAGCCCUUGACUGAAACAAGCAGCCCUAGAGAGCAGAGCAGAGAGGUUCCUUUCAUAUAUCCAUGGGGGGGAUACACAGACAUCCAGGAGCCAGUUUACCACACGACGAGCGAUGCGUCUAAAAUCCCCUGGUCUGAGGAAGAGACUCUGAACCUCAUAGACAUAUGGGGUAAAGACUGUGUCCAGCGGAGCCUGAAAGACUGUCUACGAAAUCGUCACAUCUUUAAUCUCAUUUCCAAGAAGAUGCAUGAGCGAGGUUUCCUGAGAACAGCGGAACAGUGUCAUACCAGGAUCAAACGUUUGAAGAUGAGCUUUCGCCAGUGCUAUGAGAACAACAUCAGUGGAGGAGAGCGAUUAGAGUGUAAGUUUUAUGACCAGCUGGAGAGAAUACUGGGGAAAGGCAGCUCGUCUUCUGUCCCUGAACUCGCACACAGCAUUCCGGAAAUCUCUGUCAGCGAACAGUCGGCAGGAGAGCGGGAAGACACAGACAGUGAGAAAUGGGAACUUCUUGGCCACUCGGGACUGGAGGGCACCAAGAAUGUUCCAUGGACAGACCUGGAGACGCGAACCCUGAUCAGUAUCUGGGGUGAGGACAAAACUCAGAGAGAGCUGAGAGGGGUUCACCAGAACGGCCACAUUUUUGCCUUAAUCUCCAAGAAAAUGGCCACGUAUGGUUACAUCCGAACAGCAGAGCAGUGUCAGACACGACUCAAGAGACUAAAGUUGAGCUUCAGACACUGUUACGAGAACAAUAACGUUGAGGGACAGGAGCAAGUUGAGUUUAAGUUUUAUGACCAGAUGGAGAAGAUUCUGGAGAACGACUUGCAUGUCCAUGGGACUUUUCCAGAAGAUUCCUCCAGUAGGGAUGUGGAGAUUAAAAAUGAGGAGUCAGCAGAGAGUGAAUUCCCUGUGUACUCUUACCAGGAAAUUGAGGCAGCGCUCAAUAUGACGGAUGAGAGGAAGAAGGUGCCGUGGUCAGACGGAGAGACCCUCGUCCUCCUGCAGCUGUGGGGAGAUGAGAGAGUCCAGGAGAACCUGAGGCGCUGCCCACACAAUGGACACAUCUACUCGGAAAUCUCAGAGCAGCUUGCCGCUCAUGGCUACUCCCGCACGUCGGAACAAUGUCACACCAGGAUCAAACGGCUCAAACUCAGCUACCGGCAGUGCCGUGAUAGCCUGAGUCUCCCUGAGGCUGAACAUGUGGAGUUUAAGUUCUAUGGCCUGAUGGAGGAGAUCCUCAAGAAGAACCCUCCCACCAAAAAGAGAGUGGUUGUAGAGACUGAGUCCAGCUAUGUUCUUGAGGCAGCUAGCAGCACAGCUCCAGAAAAAACCUCCUCAGGUUCAUGGUCGGACCCAGAGACGCUGGCCCUCAUUGACAUCUGGGCUGAGGAUGAGAUCCAGAAAGCUCUGAAAGGGGUGGUCCACAACGGCCACGUGUUCGCCGACAUUUCGGAGAAGAUGCAUGAACUAGGGUUCUUGAAAUCUCCAGAGCAGUGCCGAUGGAAGGUGAAAACUCUUCGUAAGAACUUCCGCCAAUGUUAUGAGAGGAAAAAAUGUGGAAGAGAUAAAGUGGGAUACAAGUUCUACGACCAGCUUGAGCAAGUGUUGGGUUACGAGGCCCUGUCCAUUGAUAUCUUUGAUGAGAAGGAUGACCAAGAAGAUUCCCAGCGCGCGGCCCUGAGGGCGGUGGCAGAGUCUAGCCGUAAAAUGCCGUGGUCCGACCGGGAGACCCAGGCCCUGUUGGACAUAUGGGGAGAGGACCGUGUGCAGCACCAUCUGAAGGGCUGCCUGAAAAACAAACGCAUAUUCAAACACAUCUCCAAACGCAUGACGGCACAGGGCUUCAUCCGCACGGCAGAACAGUGCCAGACCAGGAUCAAGCGGCUCAAGGCCCGCUUUUACCGGGAGAGAGAGGAUUGUAAGUUCUAUGAGCAGUUGGAGCAGGUCAUUUUAAAGGAGAUCUCCACCGACACACCACCGGACGACCCCAGCAUGCCUAGUGAGCUAGAAUCCAUCACUGAUUCUGAACCAGAAUCCCCCGCCCUGGCCAGCCGACAUGCAUCUGACGGACCCAAACUGCCCUGGGCAGACAGUGAGACUCAGGUCCUCAUCGAUAUCUGGGGGAACGAACAGGUCCAGAACAACCUGAGGGGGUGUGUCAAAAACAGGCACAUUUUCUCCCAGAUCUCCCAGGCUAUGGCCGAACAAGGCUACAACCGAACAGCUGAACAAUGUCAGUCCAGAGUGAAGAGACUCAAGGCCAGCUUCCGCCACUCUGUAGAAAGCUCCAGAAAUGGUGGUGAGCACAUUGAAUGCAAGUUCUACGAUCAGUUGGCACAGAUAUUCGGAAACGGAUGUCAAAUGAAAACAGAGUCUGAGGAGUUGAAAAAUACCACUGAACCUGCUGUGGGUACGCUUGUAACCAGCACUGUGCAAGGAGAAACCACAGGUGAUUAA